UUUAUUUAAUUUUCCAGAACCAAUUGUGUUGAAGCGUCUGGAGAACCAAAUGGGUCAAUUUUUUGCCACCUAAACCGGCUGACUUCGACUUAAGACGGAUCAAACUCCCAAGUUUACACUAGAAACAGUCAUCUCUGUUUAGCCUUUUGUUUUCCUACUGCAAAGAUCGGAAGAGAGCUUGAUUUAGAGCAAUAAUAAUGGCAGGAACUGCUGUGUUUGCUGAGCUAGUUGAUGAAGAUGGUGCGUUCAAGUACUACUCAUAUGGGGAGUGGAAGAAAUCAUCUUCAGGGAAGUCUGUGGCAAUCAUCAACCCAACCACUAGACAGCCUCAAUUCAAAGUCCAAGCGUGUACUCAGCAAGAGGUAGACAAGCUGAUGGAUGAAGCUAAAACUGCCCAAAAGUCAUGGGCUAAAACCCCGCUUUGGAAAAGAGCAGAGUUGCUUCAUAAAGCAGCUGCUCUCUUGAAAGAGCACAAGGUCGCCAUUGCAGAUUGCCUUGUCAAAGAGAUUGCAAAACCGGCAAAGGAUGCUGUGACUGAAGCUGUAAGGUCUGGGGAUCUGGUUUCAUACUGUGCUGAAGAAGGGGUCAGGAUACUAGGUGAAGGGAAAUUUCUGGUAUCUGAUAGUUUUCCAGGGAACGAAAGGACCAAAUACUGUCUCACUUCUAAGAUACCUCUAGGGGUCAUUUUAGCUAUUCCACCCUUCAACUAUCCCGUCAAUCUCGCCGUUUCAAAGAUUGCUCCUGCACUUAUUGCUGGAAAUUCUAUUGUACUCAAGCCUCCAACCCAGGGUGCUGUAGCUGCACUUCACAUGGUCCACUGCUUUCAUUUAGCUGGUUUCCCAAAAGGUCUAAUUAGCUGUGUUAGUGGCAAAGGUUCGGAGAUCGGUGACUUCCUUACAAUGCACCCAAUAGUCAACUGUAUUAGCUUCACUGGUGGGGACACUGGAAUUGCAAUUUCAAAGAAAGCGGGCAUGAUCCCUCUUCAGAUGGAAUUGGGUGGAAAGGAUGCUUGUAUCAUUCUCGAGGAUGCUGAUUUGGAUUUGGCAGCUUCUAACAUCGUGAAAGGAGGCUUUUCUUACAGUGGUCAAAGGUGCACAGCCGUGAAGGUUGUGCUGGUCAUGGAAUCCGUGGCUAAUGCUCUCGUCGAUAAAGUUAAAGCUAAAGUCGUGAAACUGACUGUCGGGCCACCAGAAGACGAUUGUGACAUCACUCCAGUUGUCACAGAAUCCUCUGCUAAUUUCAUUGAAGGAUUGGUAAUGGAUGCCAAACAGAAAGGGGCUACAUUUUGUCAAGAGUACAGGAGAGAGGGCAACCUUAUAUGGCCAUUGUUAUUAGACAAUGUUCGUCCCGAUAUGCGAAUAGCUUGGGAGGAGCCAUUUGGUCCCGUGUUGCCUGUUAUAAGAAUUACCUCAGUUGAAGAAGGAAUUCAUCAUUGUAACGCUAGCAAUUUCGGCCUGCAGGGCUGUGUCUUUACAAGAGAUAUAAACAAAGCAAUCUUGAUCAGUGAUGCGAUGGAGACUGGUACAGUUCAGAUUAACUCAGCUCCGGCUCGGGGACCCGACCAUUUCCCGUUCCAGGGUCUUAAAGAUAGUGGCAUUGGAUCCCAAGGAAUCACCAACAGUAUCAAUAUGAUGACGAAGAUCAAGACCACCGUGAUUAACUUGCCAACACCUUCUUACACAAUGGGUUGAUGAAUCUUAUGAGCCAAACUUGCAUGAGUCAUCACUCAUCGUCAUCAUGUUAUGUGUACCGGUAGUACAAUCCUUCAAUAAUUUCUCCAAUUGAUAUGGGUAGACAUUCAAUAAGUUUAUAAUGAGGAUUGUUUUGAGGAGUU